AUGUCGCGAGCGUCUUGUACCUCGCCGACCGCGGCGGCGACGCGGAGCUACGUGACGUCAGUUCAGUUUGCGAGAGGACAAGGCGCGGCGGGCGCGCUAAAGACGAAGAUUGUCGGUGUCGCGUUUGUGACGAGAUCGAGCUCGGGAAGAUACUGUCGAGGACCGCUCAUGAACGCGGUCCCGACCGGCAUGGCGGCGGUGGACGUCUCCGAGACGUCGUACGCGGGCCGACGCGUCGUCCUCACGCGCGAGAGCGGGAAGAACGGGGACAUGAUGGAGCGCCUCACGAGACGAGGGAUCGAGUGCGUCGAGAUGCCUCUCAUCGAGACCGCCGUGGGAGCGGAUGCGCCGUCGCUGCCGUCCGCGCUGAACGAUCCCGAGGGGUGGACGUGGGUGUGCAUCACCUCCCCCGAAGCCGCGGCAGUGUUCCUAAGAGGAUGGGAACAAGCGGGACAGCCUGACGUCGCGAUCGCGACCGUCGGCAAAGGCACCGCGAAGGUUCUGAAGCCGGCGUACGACGCCGGGAAGCUCCGCGCGAGGACGUUCACGCCGUCGAAAGCGAACGCGGAGACGCUCGUCGCCGAGCUGCCGUUAGACGCGGACGACGCGAGCGCCCCCGCGGCGCCGAGGGUGCUGUACCCCGCGUCCGCGAAGGCCGCGAGCACGCUCCAGGACGGAUUAGCGAAACGCGGCGCGAUCGUCACGCGUCUGAACACGUACAGCACGGAGAAGGUGACCGCCGUGGACGAGGACGUCUUGACGAGAGCGAAGACCGCGGACGUCGUGACGUUCGGUUCGCCCUCCGCGGUGAAAGCGUGGGUCUCCCUGUCCGGGUUCGACUCGGACACGCCCGCGGAGACGCACCCGGCGUACGCGUGCAUCGGCGGGACGUCCGCGAAGGCGUGCGACGCCGUCGGGAUCCCGAACGUGAUGUUCGCGGAGAACCCGGGUCUGGACGGGUGGGAGCUCGUCGUGUGCAAGGCCUUGGACGGGGCGAGGGAGAGAUCGGGGGCGGGUGGCGGUGAUAGAACACAGUCGAUAGACUAG